CUACGAUUUGUAGACAUUGCGUAGAAACGGGACUACGGGGCUACGGGAUAACUACGUGGAUAUUGUUCAGAACAAUGGGUCGUCGCUUGGCAGUAAUCGGCAGCGCACUGCUGUGGCUGGUGUCGGUGGUGGCUGCGGCAACAUUGGGCAUUUACAGUGCAGUGCCAACUCCUGGCGACUUCUACCAGGGUCAGGAUGAAGAUCUGGAGACAGCACCGUUCCAGCCAAACUGGUCACCACCAUACGAUAAGCUGCUGGAUGAUGGAGCAUAUUGGGGGAAGGGCCUGCUUCUGUUCAAACUGAUGAAGUCGCUGCAGCAAGGACUGCCUUCUGGUGAUGAAAGUCCAUACUACAAGUCGGAGUAUGACUACACGGACUCGAGCUGGCCUGACGCGUUGGACUUCAAGGAGAAUGACGUCAAACGCUGGGUGACGUCACUCAACAACAGCGCCAGCAGCAAGGCAUCUAAAGCUGAAACGGCGCGUCUUCAACGCAAGUGGAAAAUUAAGAAGGGGAAAGGUAUUCCAUCGCUGUGCUACUUCAAAUUAUGCUCAUUCAGGAGAUACAGAUAAAUGACCUGUGGUAUAUAUUACAUAGAUAGACUUAAUACUAUACUUAUUGAUACCUACUAUCAAGAUGAUGUUAAUUAUCAAGUACCUAGGCGAAAUAAGAAAUCUGUUGAAUUCUAGUCUAUAAAUAAAUU